UAUUUUAUUUUAUUUUCAAAGUAGAAGCAUUAUGAGGUAGCUUACAACCAAACCUUCCUGCUUGGGGAGCAAAAGAAAAUGCCGGAAAUUGCCCAAAAAAGUUUAUUUUGACUCCUCACCCAAUUUCUCCUUCCACAAAUUGGGUGAUUCUAGCCUGAGAGCAACAAGUGCUACUUCAUUCGAAAUUUGGCAAAACGUCAGGAAUUUUGAGAAAAAUCAAUUUCCUCACCUCUUCCUGAUACGUUGGAAAAAAAUGUUUAAAAGACUCAAAAACUACUUUAACCAAAACGAAUGUAGUGGACCCACAGAAUACCAGAUUUUAAGUGUAGAACUCAGUGGAAUUUAAGUUAUGUGAUGAAGUGGUAAGUCAAAAAAGAAAGAAAGAAGGUUAGUCUGGCAUGACCUGUUUUGAGAAACCCAUGUUGCCUUUUUGUGAGCAUGGCAUUCCUUUCUAAAUUCUUACAGAUCUGUUCCAGAAUCUUUCCUGGUUUUGAAAGACUACUUCUCAGUAUUCUUUCUAGCUUCUGUAGUUUAGUAGUGGUUGGAAGAGUGUGAUAUGUUUUUCUAUUAUACGAACUAUAUGUAUCAUUUUCAUCAUUAUAUCUAGAUUUCAGUUAAUAAAACUUUUAAUGCAAAAAGACAAAUCUAAGAAAAGUGAUAAAAAUAUAAAGACACCUCCUUGUACAAGCACUAUAUAAGGAUCCUUGAUAUUUUAUUUGAAUCUGCCUGGCCAUGACAUCAUAACCAGAGAGUUUAACUCCCCCUCCUUUGUAAUUUGAACUGUGAUGUCACCUAGCAAAUCCAGACACCCCCACACCCCAUGAGAGGCUGCCAAGUGAAAGGGAAUUCAGUAGGAGUUGCUGUUUCAAGCAACACAACUUGAAAACCUCUGGCUGCAUUCCUCUUUUCCAUACUUUCCAAACCCCUUUGAGCCUGCAUGUACUGACUGUGUUCCAGUUCUCCCAAAACGUUUCCUGUGACCAUGAAGAAGACAGGCUUUAUUUUCCUGAAAGACAAUAUUAUGUGUCCAAUAUGCCUCGAGGUGUUCAAAAACCCCGUCACCACCGCCUGUGGGCACAACUUCUGCAUCGACUGUUUGCAAGACUACUGGGACCACCAGGUCCUGAUUGGGGAGUGCCCCUACUGCCCCCAGUGCCGGGAGCCCUUCAGCUCAAGGCCUCAGCUCCGCAAGAACGUCACCCUGGGAGAGAUCGCCAUGAAGUUUAUCCGCGAGGAGGCCCAGGAGUCCAGGAAGCCAGCCAGCUCGAGGGAGGUCCCCUGCGACUUCUGUGCCACCAGGAAGCUCAAGGCCGUCAAGUCCUGCCUGCAGUGCAUGGCCGCCUUGUGUGACAACCAUAUCCGGUCCCACUAUGAAGAUAAAACCUUCAAGAACCAUCAGCUGGUCGACCCACUCAGCGACCUGAAGGCCAACAUCUGCCUGAAACAUCGCAAGCUGCUGGAGCUAUUCUGCAAAAUAGAAGGCAAAUUCAUUUGCCAAAUCUGCAUGCAGGAGGAGCACAAGAACCAUGAAGCCGUCUCUCUCAAAGACGAGAGAGCCAAGGCUGAAGUGGAGGUCAGGCAAAUACAUGCCAAUGUGGGAAACCAGAUCUUCAUGUUGGUAGCAGACAGUCAGAAACACAGAGGGAGAGUGAAUUACCUUGAGAAAGUGGUGAAGACAGCCAGAGAUGAAGUGAAUCGGGCCUUUGCUGAUGUGUUAAAAGAGGUCAAGCGACAACAGACCAAAGUGAUGGACUUCAUAGACCAGGAAGAAAGAAACGCCUUGGUUGGAAUGGGGAAUUCCAUUCAGCACAGGCAAGAUCAGCUGGGCAAUCUCAGGAGGCAAAACCUCUGGCUGGCGACACUGAUUGACGAAUCAAGUGACUAUCAGUUUCUCCAGGACUUCCCCAAAACUAAGAAAAUGUCUGGUUGUGCAGAAGCUUUGAUCGGUCUGAAAUGUGAGGAACCCACCAGUUUCGUAGGGCUUAAGCAGACCCUCACUGACUUGAAAUCCCAGAUAUCCAUGAUUGGGCUGUGCUUUAUCAACAAAGUGCUUCAGAAAGGGAUCACAGUGGUGCCCUAUGAAGUGAUACCAGCACCCUCAGAUCGGAGGAGCCUCCUAAAGUAUUAUUGUACCCUAAAUUUUGAUGCCAGCACUGCCAAUGAAGAACUUUUCCUCUUUAAGGAGACCCACUCUGUGCUGAACAUGGGGAUCUUGCUGGAGAACUACUCCAAACCCAGCCAAGGGUUCAACCACUGGCCACAGCUUUUGUGCACCCGCAGCCUGUGUGAGGGCUGCCACUACUGGGAGGCAGAGAUUUCAAAUACGUGGCUGUGCUUAGGAGUCACCUACAGCUACAGGCAUCGCACCGAGAAGUCCUGUAUGUUUUAUCUGAUUGGCAGGAACAGCAAUUCCUGGUGCUUGGAGUGGGACUCUGUGAAGUUCUCUGUCUGGCAUGACAAUAUCCAGACUGUGGUGCAAGGCAACUACUACAAGACCAUAGGGGUCUUGCUCAACUACACUGCUGGCUCCUUGACUUUUUAUGGCAUCAGCAAUACCAUGAACCUCAUCUACAGUUUCCUGACCACAUUCACUGAGCCAUUAUACCCAGCUGCCAUGGUAAGCAGUGGGGCAUCUGUUACUUUGAGACAGCACAAAGAGUAAGGCCAAAUCACAAAAAAGAAGGGGAAAAAACCAACACAAAUUGAAACCUCAAAUUCUUUCUCAAAGGCCAAUUGCUGCUGCUCAUAAAACUAACAUUUAUCUCAUGA